AUGGGUUUGAUUGAGAUAACAAAUGCACAUUUACUCAGGCCUCCAUUGCCAUAUUAUUACUAUCAUGUCAAACAAUUUAAUAGGAUUUCAUUCCGAAAAUACAACUUCAAUCUCCCACCACGUACUAUUAAAGCCGUCGCCGCCGCCGCCGCCGUCGACGACGUCGAAAUUGCCGGUGGACCUCAACAACCAUUUGACGAAAAGGAGAGGUUGAGAAGAUCCAGGAUUUCUAAAGCUAAUACUGGAAACACCCCAUGGAACAAAGGACUAAAGCACAGUCCCGAAACUUUGCAGAAGAUCAAGGAGAGAACACGCAUCGCAAUGCAGAAUCCUAAGGUCAAAAUCAAGUUAAUUAGUUCUGGGCAUGCACAAACUUCAGAAACAAGACUCAAGAUUGGUGCUGGAGUCAGAAAGCAAAGGGAAAAGAAACGUCGAAUCAAGAUGCUACAGGAUACUUUUUGCUUUGAGUGGCUAAAUUUUAUAGCACAAGCAUCUAGGCAAGGCUUUAUUGGUCAGGAAGAGCUGCAAUGGAAUUCCUAUGAAACCUUGGAUGCUCACCUUACGCAGGAGUGGUUGACCAGUGUUGAAGAAAGGAAACUAAUGCCAAGGGCAUCAUUUAGCAACAGAGCACCCAAGUCCCCUCAACAGAGACAAAAAAUUGCUCAAGCCGUUUCUGCUAAAUGGGCCGAUCCUGAAUACCGUGAAAAAGUUGUUUCUGCAUUGCUCAACUAUCAUCGCUCUGCUGUAAGGAAACCUAGGAAACCUAGGAAACCUAGACCAAUGCCGAGUGAUGGUGCUCAACCCCCCAAGAAGAAGAAACCCAUUACAAAAAAAGUUUCCUCCCAAGUUGUUAAGCCGAUCAAGUUCAGAAAAAGAAAACCCCCUGCUUAUAAGGAUCCUUUGGUGAAUUCCAAGCUUGAGAUGAUCAAGAACAUUAGAGCGCAGAGAGCUUCUGUGGAUACCAGACUAACUCAGGCCAUUCAACAAGCUAGACUAUUGAUUGCUGAAGCUGAGAAAGCUGCCAAGGCACUUGAGGAUGCUGCCCAGAAGAGUCCCGUUGUUCAAGCUUCUCUAAUAGAAACCAGAAAGCUUAUAGAUGAAGCUCUUCAUUCACUUGAAUCCAUUGUUACACAAAAGACAGAAGACUGUAAUGUCCCUUCGGUUAGUUUGAGUGAGGAGGUCAAUAAGGAAAACGAAUCAACAUUUGAAGUUGGAAACCUUUCACAAAUGGUUCAUGUAAAUGGACACACAACAUUAUCAUCAAGCGUCUAUAAGUUCUCUGAAGAUUUUGGUUAUCUUUCUCUGGAGAGGCCAGUUAAUGAUGAUCCAGAACUUCACCUAACCAAUGGUUGUGCUUCCUUACCUUUCAGUUUGAAUAGCCAGAUGAUCCAACAUAGCCCGUCAAAUCAGGAAAGGGAAACAGAACAGUAUGAGAGCAACGAAAACGAAACAGAUGGUUCUCCAGCUGAAGAUGAAACACUAUCAAGAUCUGAUUCUCCAGCUGAAGAUGAAACACUAUCAAAAUCUGAAUCUCCAGCUGAAGAUGAAACACUGUCAAAAUCUGAAUCUUCAGCUGAAGAUGAAACACUAUCAAGAUAUGAUACUCCAACUGAAGUUGAAACACUAUCAAGAUCUGAUUCUCCAACUGAAGAUGAAACACUAUCAAGAUCUGAUUCUCCAACUGAAGAUGAAACACUAUCAAGAUCUGAUUCUCCAACUGAAGAUGAAACACAAUCAAGAUCACCUAUAGCAACAAAGAAGUGGGUUUGUGGAAGGCUUGUUGAAGUGAGUGAAGAGCAACAGUAA